CUCGUCGGAGGACUAUUCUUAUGGGAAUGUGUAAGUCUGCUGUACUGGCAGGUGGUGGUGGUACACUCGAUCCACGAGAUCUUGGACCUAUCUCGUCUUCUUUGAAAGUUCGAGGAAUAUUCUCAUCUGUGACGUUUGAGUGCGCGAAUCUAUUAAAAUACGCGUGCGAGUGACCAUGGAAACGUGACAGAUCACCUAGAAUAUCUCAACAAGUCGUGCACCAUCCUUGACCGCACGCCUGGAAAAGGGCUUUUCAGUACUGAGGUUGUUGACCAACGGAUACCUAGUCUCGAAUUACCCUAUUGUAGUCUCCUGUUGUAAAUAAGGAACUUUGGAGAGAACACAGCUGCUGAAGUUUCACGAUGUAAAAUUGAUUUUGAUUACACUUGGACAUACCACAAAAAUGAUGAAUUUUGUACUACUGCUGCUACUGGUCUCUUUGACCCCUUCUCCCCUGCGUGGGCAGGAGCCGCAACGAGAUGACACCCACGUGGAGAGCGUGGUUCGUUCAGCAGUGGCGGACGAGUUUAGCAGCGAGAUCCUUACCAACAAGACACGAGCUUAUCUGUCUUGUGAAUCAGGAGAAAUGAUUGUCAAGAUCAACUUUACUAAGCCAUUUCGUGGAGUAACUUACACAGAUUACGACAGAACAAGUCCAUGCAAGUUCUUCGGAGACGGAAGUACUUACUACGAGCUGAGAAUACCUUUAAAAGGGUGUGGAACAAGGCAGGAGGCUCCUCGUGUCUUCAUCAAUAACAUCAUCGUUCGUUUCCAUCGAUCGCUCGAGCUGGAAGAGGAUGAAAUAAAGACGAUUAUAUGUCGUUACCCCCCACCGGUAGCCCCUUUGCCUGGAGCUGUUGUUCCUCCUCCGUUAGAAGCAGCACCGAUCGUUCCCGCCGCUGUUUCUCCAAAACUUUCUGAAAUUGAAUUACUGUUAAUCAUCUGUGCAUUAUUAUUCUUGACACUUUUGCUUCUGGGUAUUGGCAUCGCCUACUACUGUUUAAAGAAGAGAAAUAUCAAAGUGGUGCGCCGGAAGAAGGCCAUGUCUUCUGCUCCAGGCAGUGUAAUUACUAGGCUAAGUGGCGCCACCUCUAUGCCCGUUAUCGAACCAAUGACAAUACCACGAGUGCCAGGUUUAUCUCCAUCUGGGUCGGAGGCUGCCUUGCUGCCAUCAGUGUCAUCUCAUCAUGGAUCAGGUGAGGCAAGCGAAACCAUUCCCUCAGACUACCCCAGUGAAUCACCUUCUCCUCCCAAUUCAGUAGAAGAUGGCGAUGUGCAGAGAAGUGUGUUAAUUAGUGACAGCUCUACCUUUCGGAAAGAAGGCUACGAUAUGCAAAACAUGGCUUUUAUUCCGGAUGAUGUCAGUGAAAGAUCGGGAUAUCCUGAGGACACAGAGAGAGCUCAGAGUGUUUCCUCUGUCCCCAUUCCAACAGCAAUUAAAUCCGAGCCAAAGAUUGUGGCACGUAGAGAACCUAAACCACGAAUAGCUAAACAACAGUUGCUAACCACCAUCAAUGAACGAGAAGAUUAUCUACAUACAGACAUGUGGGGUGAAAAAUAUGCCAGAAUGACCAUGACACAAGAAGAACUUGAAUCCCCUGCACCAAAACACGUAGUUGACGCUCCUGUAUACACAAAAACGAGACAAAAACCUCCGUCUCUGUCGUCAUAUGCCCCUUCUUUAUAUGGUAGUAUUCCCGACAAUGACAAUAGAUCACACACUGAGAUGAUAGAAUCAGUGUCAGUGCGCAGACCGCCAUCUGUGUCCUCUUAUGCCCCAUCCCUUUAUGGUAGUAUUCCUGACAAUGAUAAUAGAUCUCAUUCUGAAAUCGAAACUGAGGCUCCUGUCAAGCCAUAUGUUCGUAAGCCUAAAACUAGUGUGGCGACCAUAUCGGAUUAUUAUCUUGACACCCAAAGAGUCACUGACAUUCAGGAAGAUACUACUCGAACCCGACAGUCAAUAAUUCCAGGUCUGGAACCAGACACAGAAACACGUUCUGUGUCCGAAAUUAUUGAACCAUCUGAAGUUAAGGCUCUGGUACCUGCUCCUCAUACUCCAAAAAUCACUGUCCAAAAUAUUGAUGACGUUUACCUUACUACUCUUACCGAAACCCAUGCAACAGAGCACGUCACUAGACACAAGAAAGAUACAAUGGAACAACACGCAAAAUCACCUUCGACUUGGGAUGUAACCAUACGUCAUUAUCAACCUCCAUUUCCAGAAGAGCCAGGCCCAUAUAAGCCACUGGAUACUUUCUCUGAAAUUAGCGAGAACCCCAGGGAUAGUGAGAGAAUACUUACAGAACCACCUGUUCAAGUGCAUUCAAAACCACCUUCUGAGCCUACAGAAGGAUAUAGAAAACCUCCAAACUGGGAUAUAAUAUUUCGAGUACUUCAUCCUCCACCAACAGAGGACGUCCAAGAACUAACAGAAGAAGAUAAAGAAAAGUGGAAGGCUGUGGUCAGCUCAGAUACUACAUUCCGUUCCCUUAUUCAGGAGGCCACCACGACUGAAGAGUUUGUGCGGAUUAGUCGUGACGAGCGUUAUGAAAUGAUGUACACCCCAAGAAAGUGGCAAGUAAUUAUCCGAAUUCUAACAGCUCCUGAGUAUCUUAACCCUCCUGCUCAUCACGAGCCUCCACCGGAUGUGAGACCACCACGAUACAGAAAGAGGAGUGACAAUGAGCCACGAAGUCGCAAAAGCUCCGUUCCACCAGUUCAAGGUUUUAUGGGAGAUCCAUCCCGUCCAGGAAGGUAUUCUCCAGAAAGUGUUCGUUCAAGACGUACAUCUCGAUCAGCAUCGGUCAAGGACUUAGACGUUCGUUCCAUGACUGAGAUGGACGUAGACUUCGCUCAUGCUGACAGAGAAUCGCUAUGGAGUGUUGACACUGGUUAUACUUAUAGAACAUCGCAUAGUAUCGGUGAAAGGUCGACCUCUGAAUUCCUUGAAGACGUGCCAACUGUGCCAAGCCGCCAAACCUCCAGGCAACAUCCAAUAUUGGAACGUUCCACAUCUGAGUUUAUUCAUUCUCCUGAAUACAUCCAGAGAGAGAACGAUUUCUACAGUACUGACGUAGUCAACUCGUAUCACCAGCCAUCACUAAGUGGAAUGUAUUUUGAUGGCGAAGAAAGAAAUCAUGUAAGACUCUCCAAUCGACCAGUUCUAGACAGGUCUGGUGCUGAGAUUAUAAUUAAUUCACCAAUCAUGAGAGCCUUGAACAGUGUUGCUACCAAUGAAGAGCAAGAAUUCAUAAGUCAUGCAGAAACGUCUACUUACACAAAAAAAACUGUAACGUGACUUUACUCAUGAAAGCAAGCGUUUUUGAAAAGUCACAGCUAAGAAUAAAACUAACAUAAUCUACCUUCUUGAUAACACUCGUAUUGUCUUGUAAAACGUUAUCAGUGACUUAUUAGAAACACCUCAAGCCAAUAUGAGUUUUAUCAAAAGUUCAAGCCUAGUAUACUGAAAUAAACCUUAGAACUUUAAUCAUAUUCUUUGGCGGGACAACGUUUUUUGGGAUAGCAAUUCUAUCUGGUAAUGGAAUUUUCAAGGUGUCUUCAUACUUAGACGUUCCGUGUUCGAUUUCUCGCACUGAAAAAAUAGCGUUUAGUGUGUACUUGUACAACAUAUUGUUAAAACUCACUAGUUAAUUCUUCCUCUGCGAUGAAAAGGUGCUAAUAAAAUAAAUACAUUUUAACAAUGAGUUUAUUAUAAAAUUAUUUACUGUUUAUUAACGGGAUAAUACCUAUAGAAAAAAAAAACUGGGUUCGGACGGGAUUAGAACCCUUGACUCUACAUAGUUAUAAGCUCGAAUACUGCCCAGUGUCGGUUUUAAACUUUUUGAAAAAAAUCUUACUUCACAGCACAGUGUGACAACUUUUAAUUAUUAUUUUUUUCACCGUUAUUCAAUUUGGGUCUCGUUUUUCUAUAUGGACAAUAUAUAUUUACUACCUUAAUCAUUGGAAAGUGAUGUCCACGUGGGAAAACUUUUCAGGUGUAUUGUGAGAAAAUAUGAAGCGAUUGGAUAAGGAGGUAAAUAUUGAUUUUCAUCCUGGAUCCAAACCUAUAUCAUCCUGGUAAAACUUAACACAGCUUAUAUGAAAAUAUAAUAAUAAUAUUUGUGUGUAUAUAUGUGUGUAAUGUACCUAACGGCUGUCUUGAGGGAAAUAACUUAAUGUAAUAAAGAUUAAAUAAUAAAUAA